CCCUGCAUUGGCCAAUUGCCAUUCGCACGGAAGGAGCCACAGGUACAACGACGAACGCGGCUGCAUUAUUAUUAUUUUAUUUCCCCGCUCCGUGGACAUGCAAAUUAACCCGCGAUCAGUGUGUGCCCGCAACCCAGCUGCAUUGAAUUGAGUUAUCCCGAAUCCCGCAUCCCGCGUAGAGAUCAAAAGACCAGCAGCAAUAUGGACCAGAUGCUCAGCCCCAACUUCUCGAUUCCGAGCAUCGGAACGCCGCUGCACCAGAUGGAGGCAGACCAGCAGAUUGUGGCCAAUCCGGUCUACCAUCCGCCGGCGGUGCCGCAGCCGGAUCCGGUGAUGCCGGCCCCGGUUUCCGGCUCCGUGCAGCAACAGCAACCGGACACCAGCGGAUCCGGUCUCUUUGGCCACGAACCAUCGAUCCCGCUGGCCCACAAGCAAAUGCAAAGCUACCAGCCAUCGGCGUCCUAUCAGCAGCAGCAGCAGCAGCUCCAGAGUCAGGCGCCCGGCGGCGGUGGGAGCACCCCGCAGUCCAUGAUGCAGCCCCAGACACCGCAGAGCAUGAUGGCACACAUGAUGCCCAUGAGCGAGCGCAGUGUGGGCGGAUCGGGAUCGGGAGCGGGCAGCGGCGGAGACGGCCUCAGCAACAUACACCAGACAAUGGGACCCUCCACGCCGAUGACACCUGCCACGCCGGGAUCGGCAGAUCCCGGGAUUGUCCCACAACUGCAGAACAUUGUGUCCACGGUGAAUCUGUGCUGCAAGCUGGACCUCAAGAAGAUAGCGCUGCACGCGAGGAACGCCGAGUACAACCCCAAGCGAUUUGCGGCCGUCAUAAUGCGCAUCAGGGAGCCAAGAACCACUGCCCUGAUCUUCAGCUCCGGCAAGAUGGUGUGCACGGGGGCUAAGAGCGAGGACGACUCCAGAUUGGCGGCGAGAAAGUACGCGCGCAUCAUUCAGAAGCUAGGUUUCCCUGCCAAAUUCCUCGACUUCAAGAUUCAGAACAUGGUCGGCUCCUGUGAUGUCAAGUUCCCCAUCCGCUUGGAAGGCCUGGUGCUGACCCAUUGCAACUUCAGCAGCUACGAGCCGGAGCUUUUCCCCGGCCUCAUCUACCGUAUGGUGCGCCCUCGCAUCGUGCUGCUCAUCUUCGUGUCCGGGAAAGUGGUGCUCACGGGCGCCAAGGUGCGACAGGAGAUCUACGAUGCCUUCGACAAGAUAUUCCCCAUAUUGAAAAAGUUCAAGAAGCAGUCAUAAAUAGGAUAGUGCUUUAUUAGUUCUGUACGUGUACGUGUUAGGGUCGGUAGUUCCGGAAGUCUGAUUGUGAGGUGGGAGCAGCCUGGCGAGCAGCUCCGAUCGAGAAUAAACAAAAACUAGUUAGCUGUA